UAAGAGCAUUAACAACUCGGGAUAUUUCAUGUUACAAAAAGUAUACACGCAACAAUGGAACUGUUCCCAGCGAUUUCAUUGGCCAACGCGAAUCAUGUAUCAUACAUGGAAAAGCACAGAGUGUACGAAAUGUUCAACAAUAUGGUUAAGAUGCUCGUCAUCCACCAGCCGGCUGAUCAUAUGAAAUUUUUACUGUGGUAUUUGAAGAACAAAUUACACGUGGAUUUACCAAAAAUAAUAUUCAUCGCUCCACCGCAAUACACGAAUAAAGUGUACAUUGCUCUCAACAUAGCCAAAAGCACCGGCGCAAUAACCAUCGAUCGACAGAAUGUAUUACAUAGACACUGGAGGAAAAAAGGUACGUGCCCGGAGGACUUCCCAACUAUGCUAGUCGAUUACAUGAAAGCCAAAGGCACUUGGAAAAAGGGAUGGAUACUCUUGGAUAUACCUAAAAACAAGGACGAAGCCAACAAAUUGAUCGGAAUGGGCAUCAUACCGACUCAUACAAUAGUUUUAGAAGAUCAUCAUGGUUUCACAAAUUGGUCCAAGUACGACGCGUUCGACAAACAAUACAAGCAAAUGGAAUUUGAACUGAAAACAGUGUUUAGUAAUUCAUUGAAACUCAUUGAUAUAUUUGGCAAAUCAUUUGAAACCGUACUGGAUCUGUGCCUCGAACAAGUUUUAUAUCAAAAACCAUUGGCUGCGCCGUUUAUUCCAAGAAUAGUUCUCAUAGGUCCAAUUGGCUCUAGACGGUUUUCCAUAGCUAAAUCGUUAUCCGAAAAGCUCAAAAUCGUCCAUAUCGACGCCAAUCAAAUUUCUUCGCAGAAAAUACUCGGACACUCAAAAAUGGAUAGUGUAUUUUCUCGUGACAGCAUACCUAUAGAAACCAUUUACGGUUGGAUUAAAUCAAAGAUUACCACGAACAAAGCUUGUUUGACUAGAGGAUAUGUAUUGACUGGAUUCCCUCGUUCUAGAAAUGACUUGGAGUGGCUGGACUCAAUCGAAUUUCCACCCAAUCGAAUUAUAUUUCUGGGGAUAGAUUUGAAACAGCUGUUCGACCAUUUGGAGAAUAGAUGCAUCGAUAAAAACACCGGGACUUUUAUGAGCUUAGAGAAGGCCGCUAGAGAUGUAAAAAAAGGCAUUCUGAAAUUAGAUCAGCUACAAAGGCAACCCAUGCAAUUGGUCAAGCUAUUCAACGAGUACAAAAUGUACGGUGAACAACUAAAAGACAUGUUACAUUACUGCGGUGACGACUGUUUCAUAGUGUAUGGCGACGGAUCGUUAUACGACCGGAUAGUGCAUUGCGUGAUGUCUGGCAGUCCUGCCACGAAACACAGACCUCAAAACCGAUUUUCGUCUCGACUGACGAUGAAUUUGUUCAAGAAAAUGGCCAUGUCCUAUCGGGAUAUUUGCGAGACAAGGCACUUGUCGGAGGAAGCUCAUAAGUUAGCGUUAGCGUUAGGUCAAAACUGUACGCAAAUUGAAUAAUAAAACGUGCAAUUGCAUAACGCCUGUGGU